UCAGUCUGUAGUUUCUGGUGUUUAAGGUCUCUAAGAGAAGACGUUUCCACUUCUGCUUCUUCUAUCUUUCUUCUUCUCAGCUGCUUUUUCUCUGUUUCGCGUUUCCAAUCCUGUGAUCCAUUUUCCGACUUUCCGAUCUCACCAUUGCCGGAAGCUAUGAGUUCCCCGGUGAGUUUCGGGUGAAUUCGGUACAUGCGAGAUCGAUGCUUUCAUAGUUCUCAUCCGCCAUGGCAAUCUUCCAAGGUUUUGGCGUCUACGGAUUCGUUUUGGUGAGGAUUCUGAAUUAAGGAAUUUACUUUUAACUUCUUUCAAGGAGAGAAGCUGUCUCUCUGUGUUACGGUGGAUACUGAAUUUUUUUUUUAUUUUUUUCGAAGGAUUUGUUUUUCCAAUUUACUAUGAUUUAAUACUAAUUAAAAAAUACUAGCACAAUUUCAAUGUCUGAAGUUGAUGUGAAUUGGAAUGGUUGAUUCUGCUGAUAGAAAACAGAGACGGAUCUCUACCGAUUGUUUGUUGCCUUUUCUCUCUUGCAGUAAUAUUCAGUUAUCAGGUUUUGUGGACUACAAGGACGGCUUUACUAUUUGUUGUAUUUCGUGUUUCAAGAAAUGAAAGGAGGUUUGUGUUUUAUCCAUUCCUGGUUAGAGAGGAUUUGAAGCAGCGGUAGCUGCGGAGAUCCGGUGAUGGAUACAUAUUCCUCUGGUGAAGAGUUGGUUGUAAAGACUAGGAAGCCUUAUACUAUAACAAAGCAACGGGAGCGAUGGACAGAGGAGGAGCAUAACAGGUUCCUAGAGGCCUUGAAGCUUUAUGGACGGGCUUGGCAACGCAUAGAAGAACACAUUGGAACAAAGACUGCUGUGCAGAUCAGAAGCCAUGCACAGAAGUUCUUUUCAAAGUUGGAGAAGGAAGCUCUUGCUAAAGGCGUUCCAAUUGGCCAAGCUCUUGACAUAGAUAUUCCACCUCCACGCCCUAAACGAAAACCAAACAAUCCUUAUCCUAGAAAGACAGGCGUUGCUGCUCCCGCAAUUCAGGUUGCACCAAAUGAUGGAAAAGCUUUGACCCCAGCUUCUUCGCAUUUCAAGCAAGUACUGGACUUGGAGAAAGAACCACUUCCUGAGAGAACUAAUGGAGUUGACAAACUAACAAAUGCAAGAGACAAUCAGGGAGAGAGUUGCUCUGAGGUUUUUACCUUUCUCCACGAAGCAAACUGUUCUUCUGUAUCUUCAGUAAACAAAAGUCCUAUACCAACAUCAACAGCACUCAGGAAUCCCUGCACUUUUAGGGAGUUUGUACCUUCAUUGAAAGAGACAAUUCAAGAAAAUGGCACCAGCAAGGCUUCAAACUUAGAGAAUUCUUGCACUUCACAUGAUAAAUCAGUUCAAGUCAAUGAAAAAGGUGAUUCAGAUGAUGUAUUGCCUGUUGAUGAGAUCCAAGCCACUCAAAACUACCCAAGGCAUAUUCCUGUGCAUGUUGUAGAUGGAAGCGUAGUAACUUGUACUCAUACUCCUUCAACAGAAAUGCCUUUUCAGGAUUCCAUCCUUCAUCCCAUGGGAGAAGUUCAUGUACAACCUAAUCUGUUUGCAAAUCCAGCUGCAUCUACUACAACUGAUCAGGAUAAUGCACCAAGAUCUGUUCAUCAGGCAUUUCCAAGUUUUCAUCCUCCCUUGACCCCAAUUGGCCCUGAUCAAGAGGAUUAUCGAUCAUUUCUCCAUAUGACCACCACCUUUUCAAAUCUAAUUGUGUCUUCUUUGUUACAAAACCCAGCAGCUCAUGCUGCAGCAAGCUUUGCAGCUUCAUUUUGGCCAUAUUCAAAUAUGGAGACUUCUGUUGAUUCUCCUGCAUGCAGCCAAGGCAGUUUACCAUCUAGGCAAAUGAACUCUACUCCUUGCAUGGCUGCUAUUGCUGCUGCAACUGUGACAGCUGCAACUGCAUGGUGGGCAGCCCACGGACUUCUUCCUGUAUGUUCUCCUCUUCACAAUGGUUUUCCCUGUCCUCCUGCAUCCACAGCUGCAGUUUCACCAAUGGAGACUGAUCAAGCUCCAGCUUCCAAGCCACAGAGAGAAGAGAAUGCUGAUCAAAAUCCUUCUGUUCAGGAACAACAGCUGGCCCCUGAGUACUCUGAAGCAUUGCAAGCUCAACAUUCAGCCUCUAAAUUGCCAAUUUCAUCAACAUCAGACUCUGAAGAGUGUGGGGAUGCAAAGGCAAAUACUGGAGUGGAAGCUACUGACCAUGAGAAGGCUGAAGCAGUUACUGAGAUUCAUGAUGCAAACGAAACAAAGAGCAGAAAACAGGUUGAUCGCUCCUCAUGUGGUUCAAAUACACCUUCUGGCAGUGAAGCAGAGACAGAAGCCUUAGAGAAGGACGAGAAAGGCAAGGAAGAAACUAAAGAAGCUGAUGCAAAUCAUCCAGCUUCUGAGUCUAGUAACCGUCGCAAUCGUAGCAGUAGCAACACGAGCGAUUCUUGGAAGGAGGUCUCUGAAGAGGGGCGGUUGGCUUUUCAAGCUCUCUUCUCUAGAGAGGUACUGCCGCAAAGCUUUUCACCUCCACAUGAUGGCGAGAACAAGGGGCAGCAGAAGGACAAUGUAGAAGACAACAAGCAAAUUGCAAAGAAAGAUGGAGAUGCAUCAGGUUUGGAUCUCAACAGAAACACAUCAGAAACAUGUUCUGACCAUCAAGGAGUUGAGAAAAAUGCAACAUCAACAGGAGAGAACAAUGCAGAAGAGAGCCUGCUUACAAUUAGGCUAGGACAUGGAAAGUUCAAGUCUCGCCGAACAGGAUUUAAACCUUACAAAAGGUGUUCCGUAGAAGCCAAGGAAAAUAGAGUGGUGAACGCUGACAGUCAAGUCGAAGAGAAAGGUCCCAAGAGGAUACGCCUAGAAGGGGAAGCUUCAACUUGACAUGCCAUUUUGCAUGCAAUUUAAACCCAAGGCAUCCCUUAUUGCCUGCAAUCUCUAUUUCCCCUUUUAUCUAUUUCUGGUUCCUAUUUAAUUUCAAGACUAUUCAGCUCACGGGACUUAUCGUGUAGGUGUGUGUACAAUAUGUCUACAUUCGCUUAUUUACUCUCAGGUCCAUGCAACUGCUAUUAAACUACUCCCUUGAAUAGACUAAGAUAACAAACAUUCAAGUACUGAAUGGCCUUGGUAUGGCCUCCUUUCUUCCAAUGUUCAUCCUCCAUUAUUACUCCACUCUUUGGAUAGUGACAGCAUCCCUCAGAAAGCACAAUAAGCCAAAGGUCUUUUGACAUGGUAAGACAAACACAUUGCACGGAAGGCCAUUUGCUUGUU